AUGAAGGAUCGUUUUCAGAAAGUGUGGAAGUUGCAUCGUGGCUUCGAAAUCAUGGAUAACGAUAAUGGGUUGUACAUGAUGAAGCUUGACCAAUUAGCCGAUAAAGAGAAAAUCAUCUCUGGUGGACCUUGGAUGAUAUUUGAUCAGUGUUUGGCGGUCUCCUACUGGUUGUCAGAAUUUUCCUCCCCCAAUGCAAAGAUAGAACACAUAAUGGUUCGAGUACGUUUCCCUUGUCUUAAUCUUGUCUAUUAUGAUGAAAUUUUUCUUUUGGCCAUAGCUUCAACUAUUGGUAGACCCAUAAAGGUGGACACCAACACCCUAAAAGUAGAAAGAGGAAGAUUUUCUAGAGUUUGUGUUGAAGUGGAUCUCACGGUACCCGCCGUAGGAAAAAUUUGGGUCAACGGUCACUUGUACAAGGUCCAACAUGAAGGUCUCCACCUAAUAUGCACAAAUUGUGGUUGUUACGGUCACCUUAGCAGAAACUGCCCCCUAGACACUACCGAAUCUAAAGCGGCUGCACCACCCCUCCAUAACAGCUCGCAAAAUAGAAACCAAGAGUCAAAACCCUAG